UUUUGGGUAGAUAAACUCAAGUCAGAAGCGCCCAAGAAUUGGGACUUAUUUUACAAAACUCAUGCAAAUAGAUUUUUCAAAGAUCGAAAUUGGACUUCAAUCGAAUUUGAAGAAAUCGGAAAAUUAGAAACUGAUAAUCUUGAAGAUAUUCAAAUUGAUGUAGAUUCGACAAAGAACAUUGAAACAAAAGUCAUAUUAGAAGUAGGAUGUGGAGUUGGUAAUUUUAUUUGGCCAUUACUCGUUAAAUCAUCUCAUACCAAAUUUUAUUGUUUCGAUUUCUCAGCACGCGCCAUUGAGAUCCUCAAAUCUCAUCCAUCCUAUCAAUCAUCUCGCAUUCAGGCAUUUGUCUUUGAUCUUACUUCGACUUCUCCAACGCUUUAUGACAAACUUGAUGAUCCUUCGAUCAAUUUCGAAUCGGGAACCACAUUUUCGCCUUCGAUUGAUCUCAUUUCGUGCAUCUUUGUGUUUUCUGCCCUUCCGCCUGAAAAACAUCAAGCCAGUGCUCAAAAUUUGAUCGACGUUCUCAAACCAGGUGGCACGAUCCUAUUCCGAGAUUACGCGAUCAAUGACGCAGCUCAACUCAGAUUUCAUCAACGUCCAUCUUCCGGUUAUACAUCAGUACCCUCAUUACUCUCAGAAGAUCAGGCGUUCUACAAGAGAGCGGACGGUACGCUCAGCUAUUUUUUUUCGAUCGAUGAAGUCCGAGCUCUCUUCUGUCAUUCCCUAGAGUGUCUUGAAUGUGAAGUCAACGAGAGACAGAUUGUAAAUCGUAAACAAGGAAUCCAGGUUCCUAGAAAAUUUAUACAAGCUCGGUUUCGGAAGAGAGUAGCUUGA